CGAGGAGCUGUAAAUGGUGAAGUCCUCACCCUCGAAGGAGAGCAAUAGAGGGCGGAAUCCAGGAGAAGCGAGCCGCACUUCAGGAACAAGCAAGUCGGCGCAAAAACCAGGAAAUCAGCGUGUGGGUAAAGAUUUAAAAAAAGAAAAGAGAAUUAUCAGUAGUAUUUUCGACCCGCCUACGGCACGCUUUUGGCUCAGGAACCUACAGAGCCUGUCUGAACCUGCCACCAACAGCAGGUUUAGUGGAGAAAGACGUAGCGUGCAAUGGCUCUGUUGACCCUGCACAGGAUCCCAUCCAUCGCCACUGAUCCAGAUGAAAGCCUCCAAAGAAGAGGGAGACUUCAGAAAAGGGAGAGCUUUGCCCUUGUGAAGGGGGCUGUCCUCCUGCUGGAGGAUGGCAAGAGAGAGGGGCUUCAAGAGGAGACUUCUCCCAUCAAGCAAGGAGUCGACGCUUCAAGCACACGACACAGACACCUCCAUGCCAUGUUUGAACUGCUCAGACCAGAAGAUACCAUAAAGCUGGCGGUGCAGCUGGAGUCCGUCAGCACAGUCAGAGUCAGGUAUCUGAUCGUCGUCUCCACCCCCAGCAGCAAACAGGAGAGCAUCCUGCUCGGCAUGGAUUUCCCCAACUCAGACAGUGAUCAGUGCACCAUUGGCCUGGUUCUGCCGAUAUGGAGCGACACGCAGGUGUAUCUGGACGGAGAUGGCGGUUUUAGCGUGACCACGGCAGAAGAGACCAGAAUUUUUAAACCUGUUUCCAUGCAGACCAUGUGGUCAGUGCUGCAGGUGUUGCAUGGCUGCUGCGAGCGGGCAGUCAAGGCAGUGUUGAUUCCAGGCUCCGGUCUAGAGUGGGCGCAGCACUACCAGCAGCACAUCGAAUCUGACCGUUUCUGCCUUAACGAGUGGGAGGCCAUGAACGACCUGGAGUCAGUCAGGAAGGACGUUGAUGGACAGAGCUCGGCAGACAGAAUGUCCAAUGAGAGGCUGAUCAAGGAGCACCUGAGAGACAUCAUGAGAACUGAAGACCUGGACAACCUGACAUCUAAAAUGGUGCACUCUGCCCUUGAGACCAGAAUAGGGUUUGAUGUGAGACCGUUCAAGGAGUACAUUGAUAAUGAAAUCCUGGUCACCAUGGCUCAGAUGGACAAACCCUCCAAGAUAUUUGACUACCUUUACCUGGGAUCAGAGUGGAAUGCAGCUAACUUUGAGGAGUUGCAGAAAAACAACAUUGGCUACAUUCUGAAUGUGACGAGGGAGAUCGACAACUUUUUCCCAGAGUCCUUCAAUUACAUGAACAUCAGAGUGUACGAUGUGGAGGCCACUGACCUGCUGCCCCACUGGACAGACACAUUCAACUUUAUCAACACUGCAAGGAAGAGCGGGCAGGCAGUGUUGGUGCACUGUAAGAUGGGCGUGUCUCGCUCUGCAUCCACUGUGAUCGCCUACGCCAUGAAGCAGCAACACUGGCCACUAGAUGUGGCGUUGGGCUUUGUUAGAGAGUGCCGGUCCAUUGUCAAACCCAACGACGGCUUCAUGAAGCAGCUCCAGACCUACAACGGUAUCCUCAACGCAAGCCAGCAGCGUCACAGCGCACUCUGGAGGCGAAAGUCAAGAGACCAAAGGCAGAAAUCAGUGCACAAACAGAGGGGAGAGGGAGAGGGAAAGCAAGAAGAAGGAGAAGAAGAAGAAGAGGAAGAGGAGGAGGAGGAUGAGGGACUUGAUGAGGAGGAGGAGGAGGAGGACGAUGAUGAUGUUGACAGUCCAACUGAGAGAGAUGCUUCAGAGGAAGAGACAGAGGUGUUUGAAGGACCUGCCUCAAAAUCUGAUACCAACCAGGAACCUGAGCAGACAGCGGCAUCAGGCGUCGGUCCCAUCAUCACAGUAAAUGAACCAGAAAAGGUGGCUUCAAGUGUUAAUCGCAGCGGCAGGAUGAAUCUCUUCUCCCUCAUGCAGUCCAUCAGUGAACUAGAUGAUGAGGAUAAAGCACGCGGACAGCUUCCUGGUAGUCCGAGGAGAUCUCCUGGACAGCGGAGGCGUAGCCACGGGCGACGGGGUCUGAUUCAUCAGAGAGCAUGCGUGGAUGUUUCACCUGAACCACGAAGUCUGCCGACGGCCGCCGAUGAAAGCAAACCCUAAAGCAAUCAAAGAGAUGGAAGAGCAUGGGGGUG